AUGUCUGGUCACUUGCUUAAUUAUCUGCAGGUGGAAGACGAAGGUCCACAUGGCAACGACGAGAUCCGCAGUUUCCUGCUGACCCAGCUGAGCUACCAGAACGUCACGGAUGUCUUCUGCUGCGUCUGCGUAGCCAAUCUACAUGUCUACGAUAAGUACCCGCUGAUCGACGGGACCUUCUUCCUCUCUCCGUUUAGGUACUCCGUGGAGAAUAGGCUGAUGACGUCAUCGUCGUCGCCUCCACGUUCCUCCUCGCUUGUCGAUCACGUGACCCCUAUCGUCGAGAAAGACUCCAAGAAGUUCUUCCUCAAUGCCAUAUGCGUCGAUUGUCUCAGCAGACAGCAGCAACAAUACCUACUUCAGUGCUGCUACUGCAAUCGACCCUGGCAAGGAUCCAACCUCAUCAUCGGCUCCAUGUACUCUUACGACAUUUUCGCGGCACAGCCCUGCUGUCAAGCAAGACUCCUUUGCAACAACAACAACAACAAUAAUAAUAAUAACAAUAAGAAUAACAACAAUAAUAAUAGUGUUAAUGUUAGAUUUUUCAGUGACUACAGCCAAUCGCUGGCCUGCCCUCACUGUGGCGUGGUCGACAGCCACUUCGUGAAGCCCCUGUCGCAGACGUUCCUCUGUGCUGUCGUCGUCUCUAAGUGA